UCCCGGCCUCCACCGAAUCCUAAAGCCCUGUGAGGGCCGCCUGCUCAGGUCCCAGGGUGCAGAACUGUGGGGCGUUCGUGGGCGGGGUCCCGUUUCUGACACGCAGUGUGAUGGGGUGGGAAUGGAGGGCAAGAGGCCCGGCUCGCAAAAAUGUGAGGCGCAUUCAGCGAGUCCCGAACCUGAGGCCUCCUGGUGUCUGUAGUGGGCAGCUUGGGAAGGGACGAGUCGCGUGUCGAGCGACAGCCCCAGCAGCUGUGCUUUCAUCCUGAGGGGCCACAGUGGCCGCGGAGGGCUGGAGACAGAAGAGUGACACGAUCUGUUUCUCAAAGUUUGCCAAAGGCCCCUCAAGGCAAAACAGACUGGGGUGGGGGUGAGGCGGGUGAAGACAGACCUGUGAGUAGGUAAAUUCAGUAGACUAGUGGAGAGUCUACUGGGACUGGGCCGCAGAGGAGGGGAAGUGAUCAGAUCUUGGAUGGAUUUCAAAAACUCAACAGACGGGAAUUCCUGUUGCAUCAGAUGUGACUGUGAAAGAAAGUAGGGAAUGAAGAGCCAUUCUGGAUUUUUAUUUGUAUUUUUGUUUGUUUGUUCCUGAAUAUCAGGAAGGAUGGAGAUGGGGAAGGCUGUGCAGGGAGUAGGUUUUGGACAUGGUGAUCCUGAGAUGACCCAGAGUGGAGAGUUUCGCUUUUGUUGCCCAGGCUAAACUGCAAUGGUGCAAUCUCUGCUCACUGCAACCUCUGCCUCCCUGGUUCAAGCAAUUCCCCUGCCUCAGCCUCCUGAGUAGCUGGGAUUACAGGCAUGCACCACCAUGCUCGGCUAAUUUUUAUAUUUUUAGUAGAGAUGAGGUUUCACCAUGUUAGCCAGGCUGGUCUCAAACUCCUGACCUUAGAUGAUCGGCCCACCUUGGCCUCCCAAAGCGUUGGGAUUACAGGUGUGAGCCACUGCGCCUAGCCAGAAACCCACAUUUUCAAAACCACUUUAUUUCCACUGAAAAUGUCGACAGAAGCAUUAAUUAUGUGUACAGUAAGAGUUGAUACUUAGUCCUAGACACAUAAGAAUGAGUUUGAUACAAACAAUCGUGCUAUUGAGUGAAUACCAUUAUUAUUGCCAUGUUGCAGAUGGCAACACCAAGGCACAGGGAAGUUGAGCAUUUUUCCAAGGGCGCACAACAGGUAAGAGGCAUCACUAAGAACCAAAGCCCAGAUUGUAGAUAGUCAGGCACACCUAACUCCAGGCUAGACGAGGGGGCUUGGAUGAUCCUUUGGCAACAUCACUGUCUGGUUCUCAUGGUCUUGAUUUUCCACAGGUUCCUGUGGCUGCAGAGUUGCUUACAGACCAUGAGGAGGUAAGUGGAGGAUGUCUCAGGUCCUCACCCUCCUCCACUGCUACCUACAUGGUCUUCAGAAUUAUGGUGUCUUGAGGCUCCUUGCUGGCUAUUCUCCCUACCCUUCCAUUUGAGUUCCCUGGAAGAUGGUCACACAAAGUCAGGGCCCUGAGUCCAGACUAUAUAUUAUUAUUAUUAUUAUUAUUUUCUUUUAAGACAGAGUUUUGCUCUUGUUGCCCAGGCUGGAGUGCAAAGGCGCGAUCUUGGCUCACUGCAACCUCUGGCUUCUGGGUUCAAGCGAUUCUCCUGUCUGAGCCUACUGAGUAGCUGUGAUUACAGGCAUGCGCCACCACACCAGCUGAUUUUGUAUUUUUGGUAGAGACAGGUUUCUCCGUGUUGGUUAGGCUGGUCUCAAACUCCCGACCUCAGGUGAUCCGCCUGCCUCGGCCUCCUAAAGUGCUGGGAUUACAGACGUGAGCCACACCGUGCCCAGCCCAGACUAUGUAUGAUAUGGAGAGGUUCUCAUUUCUGGCAACCAAUGACAGGAGGUUUAGAAGGCAUAGUGAUCAACAUUAGAAAAAAUACAUGGAGGUAAGGUGAGCUGGGAAUGCUUAGGCAACCUCAGAUCUCCAUUAUGUCUGGGGGAAGCAUCAGCAGGUAUAAGGCAAACAUGAAGUGGUUGGCUGAGGAGCUGAGCUGAGGUGUCCAGAUAUGUGUGCAGUUCCAAGUAGCUGAAGAUGAAGCAAGAAAAAGAGCCAAGGAGGGAGGCCUUCAAAGUGGGGCUGAGGAUUGCCCCUGGCAGUCAGUGCCACUGGGGGUCUGGGAUGGCAUGGAGUUCUGAUUGCAUUUGGUAAGUGCCCUCUGGAUGCCAUGUGUAGACUGGCAUGUGGUGACACUAGGGGAAGCACAUGAGGUGGUGUAGGGGGCAGUGGUUGUGGUACAAAGUAUGUGCACAUUCUAAUGAGUGUAAACAGAUGUCCCCAGGACCUUGUACUGGGGGCUUCAAGGAGAACACUGACACAAAUUUGAUUGUAUUUGGGAAACACAAUCUGGGGGAUCCAAGGUGAGUUGUCUGGCAAGAGAAGAGUAGGACUCUGCAUACCAUGCCCAGAGCUGAGAUGGACUUUAUCUGCCUACCUGCCUGUUGUUGCUCAGUGGGAGCAUGAGGAGAAAGUGGGCAUCAGUGGCUCUGGGGCAGGGUCUCUCCUCUGAGAUGGGGAUUAGGGAAGAGGGUGAGCAGGGGUGAAUGUUUAGGCAGAUGCCUAAAUUUCCCAGUAAGGAGGCUGCAGAUAAACUCAACUCUCUCCAUCUUAGCAGGGGUAUGUGACCUUUGAGGACGUGGCUGUCUACUUCUCCCAGGAGGAAUGGAGAUUGCUUGAUGAGGCUCAGAGGCUCCUCUACUGCAAUGUGAUGCUGGAGAACUUUUCACUUCUGGCCUCUCUGGGACUUGCAUCUUCCAAGACCCAUGAAAUAACACAGCUGGAGUCAUGGGAGGAGCCCUUCAUGCCUGCUUGGGAUGUUGUGACUUCAGCCAUACCAAGAGGUUGUUGGCAUGGAGCCGAGGCCGAGGAGGCUCCUGAGCAGAGUGCUUCUGUAGAAGUGCCCAGUUCAAACGUUCAGCAACACCAGAAGCAGCACUGUGGAGAGAAACCCUUAAAAAGACAAGAGGGCAGGUUCCCAGUUUUGAGGAGUUGCAGAGUCCACCUAUCAGAGAAGUCCUUGCAAAGCAGGGAAGUUGGGAAGGAGCUCCCGACCAGCUCAGGUGUUCUCAAGCACCAGAUGACUCACACGGGAGAGAAGUCACAUAGGAGCUCCAAAAGUAGGGAGGCCUUUCAUGCUGGAAAAAGGCAUUACAAAUGCAGUGAAUGUGGGAAAGCCUUUGGUCAGAAAUAUUUACUUGUUCAGCACCAGAUACUACACGCUGGGAAAAAGACGUAUGAAUGCAGUGAAUGUGGGAAGUUAUUUAGAGAUAUGUCCAACCUUUUUAUACACCAAAUAGUUCACACUGGAGAAAGGCCUUAUGGGUGUAGUGACUGUGGAAAAUCCUUUAGCCGUAAUGCUCACCUUAUUGAACACCAGAGAGUUCACACUGGAGAAAAGCCUUUUACAUGCAGUGAAUGUGGAAAAGCUUUCAGGCAUAAUUCCACACUUGUUCAGCAUCACAAAAUCCACACUGGAGUAAGACCUUAUGAGUGCAGUGAAUGUGGAAAAUUGUUUAGUUUCAACUCCAGCCUCAUGAAACAUCAGAGAGUUCACACUGGAGAAAGACCUUAUAAGUGCAGUGAAUGUGGAAAAUUCUAUAGCCACAAGUCCAACCUUAUCAAACAUUGGCGUGUUCAUACUGGAGAAAGGCCUUAUGAGUGCAGCGAAUGUGGGAAAUUUUUUACCCAAUGCUCAAGCCUCAUGCAACAUCAAAAAGUUCACACUGGAGAAAAGCCUUUUAAGUGCAAUGAAUGUGGGAGAUUCUUUAGAGAGAAUUCCACCCUUGUUAGACAUCAGAGGGUUCACACUGGAGCAAAGCCUUAUGAGUGCAGGGAAUGUGGGAAGUUUUUUAGCCAAAGCUCAACCCUCAUGCAACAUCGAAAAGUUCACAUUGGAGAAAAGCCUUUUAAGUGCAAUGAAUGUGGGAGAUUGUUUAGAGAGAAUUCCAGCCUUGUUAAACAUCAGAGGGUUCACAAUGGAGCAAAGCCUUAUGAGUGCAGGGAAUGUGGGAAGUUUUUUAGCCACAACUCCAGUCUUUUUAAACAUCGAAGGAUUCACAUUGGAGAAAUGCAGUGAUUGUGUGAAAUCCUUUAGCCAGCGUUUCAACCUCAUUCAACACCAGAAAGUUCACAGUGGAAAAAAAUCUUUAAGGUAACAGAUGGAAAUCCAUUAGCCACACCUCCAGUUUCAUUCAACACUGGACAGUUCACAAUGUGGACAAUAUAGUGAAUAUGGAAAAAGGUUUCAGCCAAAGGCCUAACCCUAUUCAACAUCAGAAAGUUUAGACUGGAGAAAGGCCUUAGGGUGGCAGGUUAUGUACUGUCUGUGAAUCAAUAUGACCUCACUUAAAACAGAAACUCUGAGGAUGGCCUUUAUGAGGGAGCUGGCAAUUGAACAUCAUUCAUCUAAAUAUGCACACUGGAGGCAAGAUGAGAAUCCCUGACAGAUUGUCCCUCCUGAGAAGACAGUCCUCUGCCUUGGAGCUCCAGAGGGAUGGAGCCCUGUAUUCUUGGCUGCACCUGUCGAAUGGAGUUUUAAUCUCGCUGAGUUUGGAGUUGGGGGAGGAAAGGAGUGGUCUUGGUUCAGAUGUGACUCACUUUUGCUGUUCUUAUGAAUGUUAGAUCUUCUUUAAUAAAUAUUUAUUUGCUAUACACCCUUA